AUGCUGUGUGUUUCAUCUGUAAAUACUUAUUUUAAAAACACAGUCGCUGAAGUAAGGCAGCAUUAUAAAAUGAAAGAAACGGCAGCAACAAAUGGCCCUGAAGGAACUGUUUCCAGCAAAACACAGGAGUCAUUGGUACUUCUCGAACGAUGUAUGGAACAGCUACGAGAUAACGUUAAGAAUGUAAACGAGGACUAUCUUGAUGACAUUGACCUGCGUACGCUGCUAACAACUCAGGUGGAGAACCUUCAUGCAGUCUCCCACUUCAAAAACGAGACUUUCACUGCUCUUCAGCAUGCUCAAGACUUUGGAACAAUUUCAAAGGAAUCUUUAAAGAGAACACCGAAGUGGGGUGCGAAGUACUUCACACUUCAGAAGUCUUAUUAUCCAGUGCCUAAAUCCGGUGUGGAGUUACGGGACGUAAAUUUGAUGAAAGCCUCUCCAGCUGGUAACCUUGAUCCCAACAUUGAGGCAGCCAUUAAGGAAUUGGUUGACAGGUAUCGACCUGUCAGGCAAAGGACGGCAAGAAGCGAAUCAAUAAAAGACAAAGCGGGAACCGAGCCGCCAGCUGUAUAUUCCAGUACGCCAUCAUGUACUAGAGUAACAUUCCAAGAGGAUGUUCAAGACGAUCCAGGGACAGGCAAUGAAGAACGAGUCGACCAGGAUACAAAUAUUCCACGAGCUACAAACGAAGUACCGAGAAUCACCUUCGUUGACGAAAGCAUGCUCGGAGUUGUCGCAGUUGGUGACGUGAGAGACCUCCCCGAGCAAGAGGAUGAAUUCGACACCGACUCGGAGGGCGAUGCGGACAAUGAUACAGACAUAACGUUCAGCAGAUUUGGUUGCGCCACCCGCGCUCAUUUCCGCCUUGAUCUCUAG